AUGGAUGAGGUGGAGCAGGACCAGCAUGAGGCCCGACUCAAGGAGCUGUUUGACAGUUUUGACACGACAGGCACCGGGUCCUUGGGACAGGAGGAACUCACCGACCUUUGCCACAUGUUGAGCUUGGAGGAGGUGGCCCCAGUGCUCCAGGAGACGCUGCUUCAGGACAACCUCUUGGGCAGGGUGCAUUUCGACCAAUUUAAAGAAGCAUUAAUACUUAUCUUGUCUAGAACUCUGUCAAAUGAAGAACACUUUCAAGAAUCAGACUGUUCACUAGAAGCUCAGCCCAAAUAUGUUAAAGGUGGGAAGCGUUACGGACGAAGGUCCUUGCCUGAGUUUCAAGAAUCUGUGGAAGAGUUUGCAGAGAUUGAGCCACUAGAUGAAGAAGCACGGCCUUCACACACCCCAGCCAGUGACCGCCACGAGCACUGGAAGACACAGCGUAGUGAAGAGUAUGAAGCGGAAGGCCAGUUAAGAUUUUGGAACCCAGAUGACUUGAAUGCCUCACAGAGUGGGUCUUCUGCUCCCCAAGACUGGAUAGAAGAGAAACUGCAGGAGGUUUGUGAAGAUCUGGGGAUCACCCGUGAUGGUCACCUGAACCGAAAGAAGCUGGUCUCCAUCUGUGAGCAGUAUGGCCUGCAGAAUAUCGAUGGAGAGAUGCUUGAGGAAGUCUUCCAUAAUCUUGAUCCUGAUGGUACAAUGAGCGUAGAAGAUUUUUUCUAUGGCUUAUUCAAAAAUGGAAAAUCCCUCACACCAUCAGCAUCUACUCCAUAUAGACAGUUGAAAAGGCACCUCUCCAUGCAGUCCUUCGAUGAGAGUGGACGACGUACCACAACCCCAUCAGCAAUGACAAGUACCAUUGGCUUUCGGGUCUUCUCCUGCCUGGAUGAUGGGAUGGGCUAUGCAUCAGUGGAGAAAAUACUCGACUCCUGGCAGGAAGAGGGCAUUGAGAACAGCCAGGAGAUCCUGAAGGCCUUGGAUUUCAGCCUUGAUGGGAAUGUCAACCUGACAGAAUUGACACUGGCUCUUGAAAAUGAACUUUUGGUCACCAAGAAUGGCAUUCACCAGGCAGCUCUGGCCAGCUUUAAGGCUGAGAUCCGGCAUUUGCUGGAGCGAGUUGAUCAAGUGGUCAGAGAGAAAGAGAAGCUGCGGUCAGAUCUGGACAAAGCUGAGAAGCUCAAGUCUCUAAUGGCUUCCGAGGUGGAUGAUCACCAUGCGGCCAUCGAGCGGCGCAAUGAGUACAACCUCAGGAAACUGGAUGAAGAGUACAAGGAGCGAAUAGCAGCCUUAAAGAAUGAACUCCGAAAGGAGAGAGAACAGAUCCUGCAACAGGUGGGCAAGCAGCGCUUGGAACUUGAGCAGGAAAUUGAAAAGGCAAAAACAGAAGAGAACUACAUCCGGGACCGCCUUGCCCUCUCUUUAAAGGAAAACAGUCGUCUAGAAAAUGAGCUUCUGGAAAAUGCAGAGAAGUUGGCAGAGUAUGAGAAUCUGACAAAUAGACUUCAGCGAAAUUUGGAAAAUGUGUUAGCAGAAAAGUUUGGUGACCUUGAUCCUAGCAGUGCUGAAUUCUUUCUGCAAGAGGAGAGGCUGACACAGAUGAGAAACGAAUAUGAGCAGCAGUGCAGGGUAUUACAAGACCAAGUGGAUGAACUCCAGUCUGAGCUGGAGGAAUUUCGCACACAAGGCAAAGUGUUGAGACUUCCCUUAAAGAACUCAGUGUCAGAAGAACUUGAGGUUAACAGUGGUUGCAUUGAGCCUGACCAGGGGCUUGGUUCUGAAGAAUGCAAUCCAUUGACUAUGAGCAUCGAGGCAGAGCUGGUCAUUGAGCAGAUGAAAGAACAACAUCACAGGGACUUAUGUCGCUUAAGACUGGAGCUUGAAGAUAAAGUGCACCAUUAUGAAAAGCAGCUAGAUGAAACCAAGGUCGCCUGUGAAAAGGAGCAAGACAGCAUGAAGCAAAAGUACGAGAAUGAGGUCCGCGUCUUGGAAAAACAACUAAGUGACCUUAAAAACGAAACUGCAGAACUUCGGGGCCAGGCAGUGGUGCUCAAGGAAGCACAACAUACAACUCUCUGCAGACACGAGGAGGAGAAAAAAGAACUGCAAACGAGGUGGGAUGAGGAAAAGGCUCACCUGCGGGAGAAGCUGAGGCUGGAACACGAGAUGGAACUCAAGGCUCGCCUGGAGCAGGCAGAGGACAGCUUUACCCGGGAGAGGGAAGGACUCCUUCGGAAUGGCGCCUGGACAGAAGAGAAGGUGAGAGGCUUGACUCAGGAACUCGAGCAGCUUCACCAGGAACAGCUGAAAAGCCUGAUGGAGAAGCACACUCUUGAGAAGGAGGAGUUGCAAAAAGAGCUCUUGGAAAAGCACCAAAGGGAACUUCAAGAGGGAAGGGAAAAAAUGGAAACUGAGUGUAAUAGAAGAACCUCUCAGAUAGAAGCCCAGUCUCAGGCUGAUUGUCAGAAGGUCACCGAGAGGUGUGAAAGCGCUCUGCGGAGCCUGGAGGGGCGCUACCGCCAAGAGCUGCAGGAGCUCGUGGAACAGCAGCUGGAGGAGAGAUCCCAGUGGGAGUUUGAGAAGGACGAGCUCGCCCAGGAGUGUGCCGAAGCCCAGGAGCAGCUCAAAGAGACUCUGCAAAGAGAGAAAGCAACGUCUCUGGUCCUGACCCAGGAGAGAGAGAUGCUGGAGAAAACGUACAAGGAACAUUUGAGUAGUAUGGUCGUUGAAAGAGAGCAGCUGCUCAGAGACCUGGAAGAUCUAAGAAACGUGUCUGAAAGUCAACAGAGCCUGCUGUCCGACCAGAUACUUGAGCUGAAGAGCGGUCGUGACAGAGGUCCGAAGGACGGGGAGCAGGUCCCGUGCCAGGCGGGCGCCUCAGAGCAGCAGGCCAGCCAGCAGCUUGAGAAGCUGGAAAUGGAACGUGACCGGGAGAGGCAGGAAAUGAUGGCCAAGCUUCAGGCCAUGGAGAGUGUCCACAGGGUGACCUGUGAGAAGGCAGAUCAGGAGAGGGCCCAGAUGAGCACAGAAAUCUCCAGGCUGCAGAAUAAAAUCAAGCAAAUGCAGCAGGUGGCAUCUCCUUUCUCCAGGAGAGAGAGUGGCUGCCGGGCAGCAGGAGGCGAGGACGCAGAAGGAAGUGGAGCCAUGUCCCUGCUCCAGCAAGGAAAGCAGUUGUUGGAAGAGAAUGGAGAUGUUCUCUUGAGCCUGCAGAGAGCUCAUGAGCGAGCAGUGAAGGAAAAUGUGAAAAUGGCCACUGAAAUUUCGAGAUUGCAACAGAAGCUACAGAAAUUAGAGCCAGGGUCGGUGACGUCUUCUUGUUUAGACGAGCCAACUACUGGAUUCUUUGGAAAUUCUGUGGAACGGACAGAGCCAUUUUUACUGCAAAAUCAAACGAAGCAAGUAGAAGCUGUAGCCACACGGUGCGCCCUAAGUGACCUACAAGACGAUGAGGCCCGGGAUCUGGGAAGUACAGGGACGAGCUCAGCUCAGAGACGGGAGGUCAAGACAGAGGAGUCUGAGGCAUCAAUAGAGAGUUUUUCCGAGCUCGAGAAUAGUGAAGAGACCAGGACCGAGACCUGGGACCUGAAGAAUCAGAUUUGUCAGCUUCAGGAACAGCUAAUGAUCUUGCGUGCAGACUGCAGUCGAGCUUCUGAAAAGAAACAGGACCUACUUUUUGACGUUUCUGUGCUAAAAAAGAAACUGAAGAUGCUUGAGAGAAUCCCCGAGGCUUCCCCCAAGUAUAAAUUGUUAUAUGAAGAUGCCAGCAGAGAAAAUGACUGUCUUCAGGAAGAGCUGAGAGUGAUGGAGAUGCGCUAUGACGAAGCCCUAGAAAAUAACAAAGACCUCACUUCGGAAGUUUUCAAAUUGCAGGAUGAGCUAAAGAAAGUUGAAGAGGUGACUGAAACCUUCCUUAGCCUGGAAAAGAGUUACGAUGAGGUCAAGAGAGAAAACGAGGAACUGCAUGUUCUGGUUUUGAGGCUUCAAGGCAAGAUCGAGAGGCUCCAGGAAAGAGCGGUGCUGCGCUGUGACUGCUUCUCCUUAUGGGAAGCCCAUUUAGAUAACCGGGAAGUCCAACCUGACGAGAAGGUGCUCGGACGACAUCAGACAUGGGAAGAGCGUGUGCCCACGGUGACAAGUGUCCAUCAUAUUCUAGAAGAACAUUAUCAAGAAAACCAGUACCUCGAGCAGCAGAAUGCACAGCUCGUGGGAGAAGUAAAAGCGAGUGAAAUUGCCUGGCUUCACAGAACAAUCCGGACACGUCGAGAGAAGCCCAGAGUACAGAACCAAGUUCUGCUGGAGGAAGACACCGCUCUGCCGGGCCUUCAAGACGGACAUCUUCAGCGUCAGGCCACCAUAGCGGAGUUGGAACUGGAGAAGAAGAAGCUGCAGGAGCUGACUAGAAAGCUGAGGGAGAGAGUCACUACUUUAGUUAAGCAGAAAGAUGGACCUUCUCAAGGAGAAAACGAGGAAGAACUAAAGGCGAUGAUGCAUGACUUGCAAAUCACGUGCAGUGAGAUGCAACAGAAAGUUGAACUUCUGAGAUGUGAAUCUGAGAAGCUUCAAGAAGAAAAUUCUAUUUUGAGAAGUGAAAUUACUACUUUAAAUGAAGAAGAUAGCAUUUCUAACCUGAAAUUAGGGAAAUUAAAUGGAUCUCAGGAAGAAAUGUGGCAAAAAAUAGAAACUGUAAAACAGGAAAAAGCUGCAGUUCAGAAGAUGGUUGAAAAUUUAAAGAAACAGAUUUCAGAAUUAAAAACCCAAAACCAACAAUUGGAUUUGGAAAAUACUGAACUUAGCCAAAAGAACUCUCAAAAUGAGAAAGAACUGCAAGAACUUAAUCAACGUCUGGCAGAAAUGCUACGCCAGAAGGAUAAAGAGCCAGGGCGCAGUACAUUGGAGGAAUGGAAACAAGAAAAGUCUAAUCUGAAGGAAGAACUGGAACAGUGUAAAGUGCAGUCCUCCACUUUAGUGUCUUCUCUGGAGGCAGAACUGUCUGAAGUGAAAAUACAGACUCAUAUUGUGGAACAGGAGAACCUCCUUCUCAAAGAUGAACUGGAGAAAAUGAAACAACUGCACAGAUGUCCUGAUCUUGGUGACUUCCAGCAAAAACUUGCUAGUGUUCUCAGCUACAAUGAAAAACUGCUGGAAGAAAAGGAGGCUCUCAGUGAAGAACUAAAGAGCUGUGUGGAUAAGUUGGCAAAAUCAAGUCUUUUAGAGCACAGAAUUGCCACUAUGAAGCAAGAACAGAAAUCUUGGGAACACCAGAGGGAAACCUUAAAGUCGCAACUAGAGGCUUCACAGGAAAAGGUUCAGAGUUUAGAAGACACCCUACAGAAUGUGAACCUGCAAAUGUCCCUGAUUAAAUCUGACCUACGAGUGACUCAGCAGGAAAAGGAGGCUUUGAAACAAGAAGUGACGUCUUUAUAUAAACAACUUCAGAAUGCUGGUGACAAGGUCCGUCAACUGGAAUCAAACCUUCUUCCCCCUAAGCACCAAAAACAUCUAAACUCAUCAGGUACGGUGAGGCCUACAGAGCAAGAGAAGUUGAGCUUAAAGAGAGAGUGUGAACAGUUUCAAAAGGAACGAUCACCUACUAAUAGGAAGGUCAGUCAGAUGAAUUCCCUUGAAAGAGAGUUAGAAACAAUUCAUUUGGAAAAUGAAGGCCUGAAAAAGAAACAAGUAAAACUGGAUGAGCAGCUAAUGGAGAUGCAGCACCUGAGGUCCACUGUGAUGCUUAGCCCAUCCCCUCCCACGUGGGAUCUCCAGCUGCGCCAGCAGCAAGCCUGUCCGACGGUGCCCAGGGAGCAGUUUCUGCAGCUUCAACAGCAGCUGCUGCAGGCAGAAAGGAUAAACCAGUGCCUGCAGGAGGAACUUGAAAACAGGACCUCCGAAACCAACACGCCGCAGGGAAACCAGGAACAACUGGUAACUGUCAUGGAAGAACGGAUGAUGGAAGUUGAACAGAAAUUGAAACUGGUGAAAAGGCUUCUUCAGGAUAAAGUGAAUCAGCUCAAAGAACAACUGUGCAAGAAUACUAAAGCAGAUGCGAUGGUGAAGGAUUUGUAUGUUGAAAAUGCCCAGUUGUUGAGAGCUCUGGAAAUGACUGAACAGCGACAAAAAACAGCAGAAAAGAAAAAUUACCUCCUAGAAGAGAAGAUUGCCAGCCUCAGUAAUAUAGUCAGGAAUCUGGCACCAGCACCACUGACUUCUACACCUCCCUUGAGGUCAUAGCCAAGCCAAAGGAUACACUCAUUUGUGCACUUUACUGAAAUGGAUGGAACAUUUCAGUAGGUUCUCUCAACCUUGUUUUUUUUUUUUAAACCUUUACUGGUUUAAAGUUCAGCUCAACCUAAAACUGCCAGCAACAGAACUGUACUCUCCAUUCACUGUAAUUAGUUUUUCUAAAGAGACUCUAAUGGAAGCUGCAAAUAGUCACAUAUUUCACUGUUUAAAUUAUUCCCCAGUUUUGAAUUUUAAAGACAUACCCUGAUAGCCACCAAAAAGGUGGGUAUAUGAACACAACGCAAGAAUCUUAAAACCCCCAGUUGUGAAUAAGUUAAAAGACAAAACAAUAUUACGUACAAAUGUUUGUGUAAAUUCCAGGUAUUUUAAGUUUUAGGUCUGAUGAGUUUGUUUUGAUCUUUAUUUGAAAACCAAAUGUCUGUCUUCUUACACAUUUAAAUAUGGAGAAGUCAUUCUGUUUCCAAUAAUUUUGGCUCUUUAGUGAGAGACCCUGAGCUCAAUAACCACGGAGGACAGAAGAGCCAGAGCCCA